CACAUCAACCAUGAAAACCGUGAAUAUUUAGGGUUGAAUGAUAGAAAGAGAAUCGGCACGAAUUUUUUCAAACAAACGGUAUCACGUACCAAACAACAUUAUUAAUUUUUAAUCGCGCCCGAUUCGUGUUCGGCUACUGAUUACCUUGACAAUAGAUAGUUUUGUUUCGUGAUUUUUGAUCGUGAAACCAAGAUGAUGAUGCUAAAAAACGGUGUCGAUUAGAUCAUGAAUCAGUUUUGAUGAUGAUGAUGUGAUCGACUUGUUAUCACGAUUUCCAUAUUCAACCAGAUUCAUCACUUUUGUUUAUUUUAUUGAAUUUAUUCAUUGUGAAAUUGAAAGCGAAUUUCAAAAUUCUGUGUAUUCCGUGUUUUGUGAUUUUUUUUGUUUGUUGUGUAAUUCAAGUGAAGUGUUAAAUCAAACUUGUGAAUUUCAAUUUCAACAAACGAAAAAUUCAGCAAAAAUGAUGCUAGCCUCGACACCAAAUCUGCUGCAAAUGUGCAGCUUCGAUGCAACCAAAUCAACAAAAGGAGCAUCAAAAUUACGACGAGAUCUGAUCAAUUCAGAAAUUGCCAAUCUUAGAGAUCUAUUACCAUUACCAUCAUCAACAAGGCAACGUUUAUCACAAUUACAAUUGAUGGCAUUAGUUUGUGUUUAUGUACGAAAAGCAAACUAUUUUCAAUAUGCAUUUCGAAAACAUGAAUUGAUUCAAUCACAUCAUCACCACCAUCACCAUAAUCAUCAUCAUCAUCCACAUUAUCCACAUCAUCAUCAUUAUAAUCAUCAAUUGUCAAUGACCAAUUUUGGUUUCUCAAAGGCAUUAAAUGGAUUUCUUAUGAUGAUGACACAGAAUGGAAAAUUGCUCUAUAUUUCGGAUAAUGCAGCUGAAUAUCUUGGCCAUUCAAUGGAAGAUUUACUUAUACAUGGUGAUAGUGUAUAUGAUAUAAUUGAAAAACAAGAUCAUCAAACUAUACAGAAUGAAUUGAUGCGUUCACCAUCGUCAUCAUCAACAUCAGCAUUAUCAUCAUCGUCAUCAUCAACGAAUCAAUCAUCAACAAAUCAAUCAUCACCAAUAUCGGAUAGCCGUAUAUUUUUAUGCCGUAUGAAUGUAUCAAGAAAUUCACGUAGACAAAUGCGUUUCGGUGAUCAAAAGGUUGUACUAGUCCAAGGACAUUUUGUUAGCUAUUUACCAUUAUGUAGCCGUAAUGAACCAGUAUUCUUAGCUACUUGUACACCAGUUGCAAUGCCUGAAACACGUGAAUGUGUUGUACAAGGUAGUACAAAUGUUUUUACAUCAAUUCAUUCGAUGGAUAUGAAAUUUAUUCAUUUGGAUUCAAAUGGUGAAUUUCAUCUUGGUUAUCGAAAAAAUCGUUUGAAAAAUCUAUCAUGGUAUGAUCUGGUGCAUUGGGAUAAUCUUAAAGAAGCACAAUCAAAACAUAGGCUAAUAAUACAAUCGGAACAGGAAAAAUCAUGUAUAUUAUUGUUACGGCUACAAACAAAUUCAAUGCAAUGGAUUUGGGUACAUGUUGUUUUACAGGUUAAAGAUAAUAAUGAAAAUGGUCAACAACCAGUUAUUGUUUGUACAAAUCAAGUUUUGAGUGAAAAAGAAGCCACUGUAAUGCAAUCAAAUCAAUGGUUAUAUCAAUUUUAUUCAUUACAUUCAAAAAUGCAUUAUAUGCAAAAUUCAUCAUCCACCACAUCCACAGCUUCAAUUGCAAGCGUUGUUCCUUCAUCACCAACACCAAGUAAUCAUUCAACAACAUCCACUAAUAAUACUAAUUAUAAUAAUGAUCAUCAUUUACAACAAUCAACAACAACAACAAAAACUCCAACAACAACAACAACAACAAAUGAUGAUGCAACACCAAAUUUAGUUGUUCAUCCAAUUCAUUCGAAUGAUUAUUCAACUGGAUCAUCAUAUUCACAUGGAAUGUCAAUACAGACAAAUUCCAAUACAACUAAUGGCCAUUAUAAUGAUAAUAACUAUGGCGGUGGACAUGGUAAUGAAUAUUCAUUAUCAUCAUCAAUGGUACAACAACAACAACAACAAUAUUCACCACAAGCAGGAACAUUACCAUAUCAGGCUAUUAAUAUAAAUCAAACCAAUACUAAUCAUAAUCAAAAUCAAAAUCAUUUAUCAAAUACACCACCAGCAACUGCUGCUAUUGAACAUCAUCGUAUUAUUGGUCAGAUUAAACAAGAAGAACAACCACAAACACCACCGAUAAUAACAACAACAAAAACACGACAAACAAAACGUAAUCGUCAAAAUAAUACUGAUCCAACAGCACAACAGAAUCCGAAUAAGCGAACAAAAAGUAAAAAAAAUCAAUCAGUAGCAGCAACAGCAGCUACAACAGCGACAACAACUACAGCAAAUACAAUUACAUUUACAAAUCUAAAUGAUCAAUUGACAACAUCGACAUCGACAUAUGAACCAUACCGGAAUACCAAUCAAUCUUCAUAUUAUCAUCAUCCGCAUUCGAAUCGUUCCAGUAAUGGUUCAAUGUUUGGAGCGCAUCAAACACAAACUCUAAAUACUACAGAUCUCUCAAUGAUAACAUCACCACCAUCUUAUUAUAGUUCUAGUACUGCUUACGGAACAUCAUCAUCAUCAUCAUCAUCGGGUCAUCCACAAAUGAUGUCACAUUAUCAUACACAUCCAAAUCAUUAUCCAACACAUUCCGCAUCAACAACCACGAAUACAAAAUCUUUUAAUUUUUUAGAUCAUAAAACUGGUAUGACCACCGAUAUUCCUCAUCAAAAUCAUCAACAUCAACAUCAUCAACGAAGUAAUUUUCAAACAUCAUCCACAAAUUUAGUAACCGAAAUUCCAAUGGUCUCCACUCAUGCAUUCAUAGCAUCCACUGCAUCAAAUAAAACGGUUACAAAUAUUAAUAAUAAUGAUCGAAGAGAUUUAGAUAAAGUACGUUCACCCGAAUCAAUAACAUCAACAACAUCAGAUUAUGGUAGUAUGACAUCACAAUCACCACCAAGUAUGAUGUUUAAUCAUGAAAAAUUAUCACCAUUUUCAACUACAACAACAACGACAGCAACAACAUCAUCAAAUAAUUUUCAAAAUUCAUCAAUGAAUUUUGAACCAAUGUAUCAUUCAUAUCAUCAUCAACAACAUCAGAAAAAUAAUCAUUGGCCAUUACAUACUGAACAAAAAUCAUUACAAAAUCCACCGCAUCAAGAUGAAACAACAUUUCAUUCAUCAUUUCAACGUUUUCAAUCAUUUCAUCAAUUUUGGCCUGGUUAUGCAACGGCUGCGGCAGCUGCAGCCGCUGCUGCAGCAGCAGCAACAGCAACAACAAAUUCUGAAGAAUUUCCAGAUACAGCUACUGUUCAACAUCAUCAUCAUCACCAAUAUCCGCAUCAUCCACAUGAUCCACGUCAUCCAAAUUUAGCAUCAACAUUUCCAAUGGAUUCAUUACUAAAUCAUCAUCAUCAAAGUCAAGCUGCUUACCAUCAUCAUCAUGGACAUCAUCAUCAUCAACAUUCAUUAUUUCAACCAUAUGGUUCAUCAGCGACAACAACAAAUAAUGAUAAUACAAUGAUGAUGAUUGGACAUUCAUAUGAUGCUACAAACAAAGCUAAUCUAGUCAAUGAUAAUAAUCGAUCAUCACCAACAACAACAACAACAGAAGGAAAAAAUGAUACAAAUAAAACAACAACAACAACAAAAACAUCAAGAGCUGCUGCACAACAAGCAUUAUAAACUUUAAAAAUUUCAAAAACAAAGAGACAAGAAACAACAACAACAUAUCACAGUUGCAACUGAUAUGUCGGUCGAUCGUUUGGUGUUUUUUUUUUGAUCAACAACUGAUAAUGAUGAUGAUGAUGAAAUAAAGUCAAAUCGAACAAACAACUUGUCAAAUUUGUCAAGGAACAAACGAAAAUCAACGAAUAACAAAAACUGAAUCAACUGGACAUCUGGAUUGGCCAUUUUUCCCUGAUGUGACUUUGAUGAUGAACUAAUU